GUUAACUAAUCAGCCCUGGGAAUCUGGGGCUCAUAGACCAGGGUACGACCGCACGAUCCAUUUACACUUUUUUACUACAUCUACAUCGUCAUCCCGAGUGCGCGGGAUGAGACGACGACAUCUCCAGCUGCUUGAAACUAUCCGCCGCAGCAGCACACAAGACUUCAAGUUCAGACAUACUAGUCCCAGCUUUCCCCGCAGCUUUAGCAAGUCACCGCAACUUCUUGGGCGAACGCCGACGCCAACGAGCUUGACAGCUAUGGCGCCCCUCAAUCCCGCUUCGCAGGAAGCCAUCGAUCGACUCCGCAGAUAUACACCCCCGCCAACGGCAUAUGGUCAAGUGCCCUUGUCCAGGCGGGCGGCGGUGUUGAUUCUGCUUUAUGCCGAUCUCCAGGGUGACCUGAGAGUUGUGAUUACGAUUCGGGCCAAGACAUUGAGUUCGUAUGCAGGAGAAGCUGCUUUACCUGGAGGCAAAGCAGACACCCUAUCAGAAACAGCCUUCCAAACCGCCCGCCGCGAAGCUUGCGAAGAGAUCGGCCUCCCGGAUAUCAACCAGCCACUGCCGCCACCCUUCUCGGUCGAGCAUCUCUGUGAGUUACCGGCCAACCUAGCCAAAACAGAGCUGGUGGUGCGGCCGUGCGUUGCGCUGCUGCACUCGUUUGACCCUGUUACGGGGGCCAAUGCGGAUCCCGAGACGGAAUUGAUUCCUCGACUGGAUGCGCGUGAGGUGGCGGCUGUGUUUACGGCGAGGUUUGAUGAUUUUUUGAGAUUGGUUAAUUGUGAGGGGAGGGGGAGGGAGAUUGGUAUAGGGGUUCUUGGAGUUUGUGGCAUCAAAGUCAAUGGCGGAGUAAUGCACCAAUUCUUCGUCCACAGCACCAACCACGCCAUCAAACCCCACAGCCCGAACAACAAAGCCCAAAACGCCGCCGUCGACAAACUCACCCACCAAGAAGAAACGGGUCAAGUCCAGCACUACCGGGUCUUUGGAAUGACGGCGCGGAUUAUCGUGGACGCGGCGCGGGUCGCGUUCGCGCGGGAACCGGAAUUCGAGCAUAAUAGCCAUUUUGGAGAUGAAGAGAUGAUUAAUAACUUACGCCGGUUGGGCCGGUUGAGUCAGGUUCGGAGGCCCGGGGAUGAAUUGACCAGGGAGAUGAUGGAGAGGGCGGCCAAAUUGAGUUAGAUUAUAGAAGAGUGGAGAGUGGAGGUUUGGGGAUAGUACAGCCCUGUAGAGGUCUAGAUGGAAGCGGGGACGGAUGAUGGAUGUACAGAGUACAUAGUAUGAGUAUG